AUGAACUCUUUACACAAAUUAGCCAAAAUCUUCAAGAGAAAAAAAAAAAGAAGAAAAAUUACAAUAGUAGCCUAUAUUUAUUUUUAAAAAAUGGCUCUUGAAACUGUUGUUUUCCAACAAGAUCCUUUCAAUUAUAGCCACAAAGAUUGUAAUUUUUACAAUCUUGAAACUUUUCAUGAUUAUGGUAAUUUUGGCUAUGAGGGGUAUAAUUGGAAUUCUUCAAUACCACAAAGUUACAACGACGAUGAUAACAACAACAAUAACAAUAAUAAUAAUUCUUCGCCGGAUAAAUAUUUUCCGGUGGAGAGUACGGUGGUUUCAGGGCGGAGAAAAAGGCGGCGGACAAAAUGCGCGAAAAACGAGGAAGAAAUACAUAAUCAAAGGAUGACUCACAUUGCCGUCGAGAGAAAUCGUCGACGGCAAAUGAACGAUUACCUCGCCGUACUCCGGUCGUUGAUGCCGCCGUCUUACGCUCAACGGGGUGACCAAGCAUCAAUUGUUGGAGGCGCAAUUAAUUUUGUUAAAGAACUUGAACAACUCCUCCAAUUUUUGGAAGCACAUAAACAAGUCAUAACAACACAUCAGCGACAUAUUCAGUAUAGUCCGUUCUCUAAAUUUUUCACGUUCCCUCAAUAUUUUACGAGUAAUAACAAUCACCCGUUGGCGGCCGCCACCAGCAACGAGGGGUCGGAGGAGAGACGGUCGGCGGUCGCGGAUAUCGAGGUGACCAUGGUGGAAAGUCAUGCAAAUGUAAAGGUGUUAUCAAGAAGAAGACCAAAACAAUUGUUGAAAAUUGUUAAUUGGUUACAAGCAAUGUGCCUUACUAUACUUCACCUUAGUGUUACAACAGCUGAUCAUAUGGUACUUUACACAUUUAGUGUCAAGGUGGAAGAAAAUUGUGAGCUAAAUACAGUGAGUGAGAUAGCAAGUGCUGUACAUGAAAUGGUGGCCAUGAUUAAGGAGGAGGCUAUGUCUUGUUGAGAUGACCCCCCCACCCCCACCCCC